AUGGAUCAAAUUUUUACAGAAAAGAAUCAUGUAAUGCUACUAAAGCUUCCUGACUACUUAUAUGAAGCCUUCAAAGUAAAGAGCGACUCAAAUAUGACGAUUUCUUUGGACUCAAAAACUAUGGAUGCAGAAUUGAGCCUUCAAGAUGAUUUAGGAGCGUUGACAAACGGAGUUACCAAAUUUAACACAAAAGUCCAAAAAAUUCAUGACGAUGAUCUGUACAUUUUCUCUGUCGAUGGAAACCGAAAGGCUAUACUUAAGGCGAAAGUUAUUUGCAGAGGAAAUUUAUUACCUGACUCCUCCUCUAAAUUAGCGAUUCAAAUUUAAAGGAGGUUAAUUUUAUUUUUGAAAAAAAACUUUAUAGUAGUUAAAAAGUAGAAUAAAAAUUGAAUGCGAUAUUCUUGGAUAAAUAAAAUCGUAUUCGGUUUGAGAAAAAUUGGUUACUAAUAUUUCUCCCUCAUGAAUGCUUUUAUUUUUUUUUUAUCUCUGGCACAGAAACAACAAUUUAAAUUUGGUAUAACCAGAGGAGCUGCUCCACAGUGUAUCAAGAGGCCCAGGAUUUACCAAUUAGCACAUCCGGAGCUCAUGCAGAAUCUAAAUCAGGCAAGAGCAACAGCAUCACACUGGCCAAGAUGGUUGGUGGUUUAUUUGGGAUGCCAUACCUUUUGGAUCGGAAAUGCUCGUGACGUCACCAUUUUGGCUCUGCUUCCUUAGUGAGUGUGCGUUGGGCACCUUAAAUACUUUAAUUGAUGCAAUGCAAUGAAUGCAAUGGUUUGAUUUUUAAAUUAUUUUUAUAAAGAAUGAAUUUAAAUAUAAUUGUUUUUUUGUGCUACUGUUUAAAUAGCAUUCUAUUUACAUUAAAUAAGGUUAAAAACUAUUUAUAUAAAAAUUAUUAUAUUUUUUCUAUAAAAUUUUCAAUUAAAAAUUUUUUUGAUGAAUUUAAAGGGUUAGCUUACCCAAAAAUAGAGAUUUUGCCGAUACUUUUUGUUCCAAUUUAAAGAAGGGGGAGUGAGCAAAAUCCAUUGCUUGACAUAUCUGAGGAGGGUGACCCUUAGGCAGAACACACACAUGGAGCGAGGUCAACGCGUCUGUGAAGGCUUUCUGGUCCUUUUGGUGGGGUAAUCUGGAAUACUUAUAAGGCAAGAUGGCUUUCGACGUCAUCAAUUGGAGUUAAAAGGGAGGCUCUGAUAUUACUUCCUAAAAGAGUAUCACCUUAAAAUUCUGGGUAAUCUUAAUUCUUAUAAACACAAUCAAGAAAAACUAGAAGAAGUAAGCAAAUAUGCAAUUAGCACUGCAGAUCCAAAUAUCGAUGAUAUGAAAGCAAAACAAAGGAUUUUUAAGCUUCAUGAGGAUCAUAAAACUUUUGUUAUGGCAAAUAAAGAUAAAGCUGCCUUAGCCACAUAUCUUAAAAAGCAUAAGGAAAAAAGAGUAAGGGAAGAGCCUGAAGCUGUAAAAGAAAUGCUUUUUAACCUCUUUGCAAUUCAAAGGUUUUGGAAGGUAAAAAAUUUAGUGGAAGAAACAGGGCAGCCUGAAGCUUAUUUGAGAAAACUUUUGCCAGAAAUUGCAGAGAAAGGAACUCAAGGAGCUUAUAGGCAUCAAUGGCAGUUGAGGGCUGAGUUCAGAGAAAACGAGGACCAAAAUGAAGAUAAGCCUACAAAAAAGCAGAAAAUAUAA